GUCUAUUCCCCGAGGAAGCGGCAGGGUGAAGUGGAAGAGUGGAGUGGAAGAUAAGACGUUGUGUCUUACAAAACAGCUGGGCUCCGUCGGCUUUUACAAAGGGAAGGCGUUUCAUGAGAUGGUGAGCUGUAUGUACUGCUGUCUUUUUGAAGGCAACCUAGGCUUCUUCUGAAAGUGUUCUCAGCUGAAAGCCUUUCUAUUGAGAAACCCCAUUAUGGACCCAGACAAGAACUCCUAUGUGAGGUUGAAUGAGGAGAAAGUAAUUUCAAAGUCUGACAUUAUGUCCCUCCUAAAAACUUACAACUGCUACCACGAAGGAAAAAGCUUCCAGCUUCGUGUUCGUGAGGAAGAGGGCGAGCUGAUCGUGGAGGGUUUACUUAACAUCUCCUGGGGCCUGAGGAGGCCAAUCAGACUUCAAAUGUACGAUUUCAACGAGCGUUUUCGCUAUGCCUGCCCGAGUGCGUGGAGGUCGGAGAGCUCAGAGUCCAGCAGGAAUGAAAAUGUUGAACACCGGCUUUGUUCAGAACCCAACAACAAUAAAAUCAGUGCCUCACCUGUACCCAGUGUGGAUGAAGCUGAGGAGGACAUUCCUCAGCUGCUGAGAACGAGAAGUGACGCAAGCUUUGUGAAUAUCCAAAGAAGAUCCAAAAGACACAAUGCUGCUGAUACGCAGAGGAUAAAAAGACACCGCUUCUCCAUCAACGGCCAUUUUUACAACCACAAAACAUCAGUUUUUACUCCAUCGUAUGGGUCUGUGACUAAUGUGCGAGUGAACAGCACUUUGACAACACAGCACGUUCUUAAACUGCUUCUUAAUAAGUUUCGGGUUGAGAAUAAGGGAGAUGAGUUUGGUCUCUACCUAGUCCAUCAAUCAGGGGAGAGAACAAAACUUAAGGACACGGAAUAUCCUUUGGUGUCUCGUUUGUUGCAUGGUCCAUGUGAAAAAAUCGCCAGAAUAUUUAUUAUGGAAAAGGAUCUUGGUGAAGAGAUUACAUAUGAUGUUGCGCAGUAUAUUAAGUUUGAAAUGCCUGUUUUGGACAGUUUCAUCAAGAAGUUGAAAGAGGAGGAAGAGAGAGAAAUUUUAAAACUAACAAGAAAGUACAGUGCACUGAGGUCAAUGAUAUUGCAAAAAUUGGAUGGCAUCUCUAACCCCGCAAAUUAUGUGUGAGAAAAUGUGUCUGUAGUUUAGAUCAGAGGCAUCUUCUCUGAUGUAUAGUCAACAGCAGUGAUACACAAAUUGCCAGUUUUUGGUUAUUCAUUUUUGGUGAAGAUAUGCGUGCAAUAACUGGUAUAUAAACAGCAUAGGCUACUGGUAACUAGUAAUUAACAACUGUAAGUACUUUUACCCACAAUUCUCAGGCGUUACAAAUUACAUAGAAUGUUAUUGUAUGAUGCACUUAUGCUCUAUAAAACAAUUGUAUGUUUUGUGCAAUGUUUUUGUUAAACUUAGAACACCCCUGACAUUUCUACAGUAACAAUAUUGCCUUUUAUACAUUUUAAAA